GUGGAGGGGAGAGCUGACGAAACAAAAGUAUCUGCCAAUCAUGACGCGGCGCAAGAGAUUCAAAAGACACGAAACGGUGGAAGAAAAUGGGGAGCAAGAAGACGAUUACUACGGGGUGGAGGACAUGUUACAGGACGACGAAUUGCUUGGAGCAACAAAGAGAAAGCGUCCUACUCCCUACACGGAAGAAGAAUACGAGAGAUUACCUCGAAAUAAAGUGGAGGAGCGAAAAGAACGGCGCUGGUUGCUACCCAUUAAGGGAAAGGAGGGUCUGGUCUUUCGAGACGAGGAAGUGAAAGACGAUGGUCGUCCUCCGAAAGACGAAACGACGGAAGAACCGACCGACCCGCAGCCCGAGUCCUUGGCCGAAACCUUGGCCCAACGAUUGAAGCUGAAGCGCGAAACGAAGGCCAAGAUCGGCACCUACUGCAGCUGGAUCGUGGAGAGUCCCGAAAACAACAUGGAUCGCCUGAAGGAACUCACUCUCCUCUUAAAAGAGAAAGAUCCCACGGCAAACCUGGUGAUUGCCAGGUUGACCGCGCUGUCGCUUCUGGAGGUGUACGGCGACAUUUUGCCUUCUUAUCAGAUACGUCCGUUGGGCGAAGGAGAGAAGUCUCAGAAAAUGAAAAAGGAGACCAGAAAGCUCAACAGAUUCGAGGAAAGUCUGUUGAGAUACUACAAACAAUACCUGCAGUUCCUGGAGAAGGCCGUGAAGGCGGCGUUCGGACAGAAGUUCGCGGCCGGCCGCGACGUCUACGCGGAGAGGAGGAGGAAAUUGGGUCUGGUGGCCAUCGAAUGUCUGUGCCGACUUCUGGUUGCCCACGCCGAUUUCAACUUCGGCGCCAACAUCGUUCGGGUGGUGGUGCCGUUGGCGGCCAGCAGAGACGACGAAGUUUCGGAAAAGUGCUGUCGGGCCAUCUGCCAGGUCUUUCGAGAAGACAAAAAAGGCCAGACGUCUUUGGCCAUCGUGAAGAACACGGUGGAAUUAGUGAAGAGCAGGAGAAACGUGCGUCCGGAAGUUCUAAGGACUUUUACCAGUCUGAACCCGAUAGACACGAGGGUGGACGAAACGUCGACCAAGAAUGCAAAAGUGAUUCGGAAGAAACUGGCCAGGAUGUCGAGAAGAGAAAGGAAGAGGGAGAAGCAAUCCAAGGAGUUGGAACGGAAGUUGAGGGAGACGGAAGCGGAGGAAAACAAGUCGGAUAGAGCCAGGAUCAAUAGCGAAAUUCUGAAACGCGUCUUCCUGACUUAUUUCAGGGUGUUGAAGGAUUCGACACCCUGGCUAUUAACUCCAGUGUUGGAAGGACUGACGAAAUUCGCCCACUUGAUCAACGUGGAGUUCUUCGAACAUCUCAUAAACGAACUGCACGCCCUCCCGGACCGAGUCCGAUUGAGCGACGUCGAAAUUCUGCACUGUCUGCACACGGUAUUCGUCGUCCUGUCCGGACAGGGUUCGGUUUUCAACGUAGACCCGCAGAGGUUCUUUGUUCGAUUGUACAUGACGUUACUUAGGAUGCACGCCGGCAGUUGCGAGGAAGAUUUGGAAGCGCUGUGGAAAUGCAUCGAUGUCGCCGUUCUGAAAAGACACAAGAGCGACCCGGUGCGUCGGAUCUUGGCUUUCGUGAAAAGGAUGUGCACCGUGGGUCUUCACACCUCCGGCCACGCAACGGUAGCUCUUCUGUCGGCGGUGAGAUACCUGAUGACUUCCGUCGGCAAGGCCGACGUGUUAUUGGACGUUGAACGUUGGACGUUGUUAUUGGAUUUCCAAGUCGACGGUUUUAAAUUUUCUUGCUGCUUAUCUCGAUUACUUCUUACUCGAGCAGAUUCUAUACUAAUAAUAAUUUCAGAAAGUCGUGUGGAAUUUUUUAGGAAUUUUUUGCCAAUACAAAGGUAUCUGCCAAUCAUGACGCGGCGCAAGAGAUUCAAAAGACACGAAACGGUGGAAGAAAAUGGGGAGCAAGAAGACGAUUACUACGGGGUGGAGGACAUGUUAGAGGACGACGAAUUGCUUGGAGUAGCUAAGAGAAAGCGUCCUACUCCCUGCACGGAAGAAGAAUACGAGAGAUUACCUCGAAAUAAAGUGGAGGAGCGAAAAGAACGGCGCUGGUUGCUACCCAUUAAGGGAAAGGAGGGUCUGGUCUUUCGAGACGAGGAAGUGAAAGACGAUGGUCGUCCUCCGGAAGACGAGAUGACGGAAGAACCGACCGACCCGCAGCCCGUGUCCUUGGCCGAAACCUUGGCCCGACGAUUGAAGCUGAAGCGCGAAACGAAGGCCAAGAUCGGCACCUACUGCAGCUGGAUUGUGGAAAGUCCCGAAAACAAUAUGGACCGCCUGAAGGAACUCACUCUCCUCUUAAAAGAGAAAGAUCCCACGGCAAACCUGGUGAUUGCCAGGUUGACCGCGCUGUCGCUUCUGGAGGUGUACGGCGACAUUUUGCCUUCUUAUCAGAUACGCCCGUUAGGCGAAGGAGAGAAGUCUCAGAAAAUGAAAAAGGAGACCAGAAAGCUCAACAGAUUCGAGGAAAGUCUGUUGAGAUACUACAAACAAUACCUGCAGUUCCUGGAGAAAGCCGUGAAGGCGGCUUUCGGACAGAAGUUCGCGGCCGGCCGCGACGUCUACGCGGAGAGGAGGAGGAAAUUGGGUCUGGUGGCCAUCGAAUGUCUGUGCCGACUUCUGGUUACCCACGCCGAUUUCAACUUCGGCGUCAACAUCGUUCGGGUGGUGGUGCCCUUGGCGGCCAGCAGAGACGACGAAGUUUCGGAAAAGUGCUGUCGGGCCAUCUGCCAAGUCUUUCGAGAAGACAAAAAAGGCCAGACGUCUUUGGCCAUCGUGAAGAACACGGUGGAAUUAGUGAAGAGCAGGAGAAACUUGCGUCCGGAAGUUGUAAGGACUUUUAUCAGUCUGAACCCGAUAGACACGAGGGUGGACGAAACGUCGACCAAGAAUGCAAAAAAGAUGAGAGAGAAACUGGCCAGGAUGUCGAGGAGAGAAAGGAAGAGGGAGAAGCAAUCCAAGGAGUUGGAACGGGAGUUGAGGGAGACGGAAGCGGAAGAAAACAAGUCGGAAAGAGCCAGGAUCAAUAGCGAAAUUCUGAAGCGCAUCUUUUUUAUUUAUUUCAAGGUUUUGAAGGAUUCGACGGGUUCUAAGUUGCUAACACCAGUCUUGGAAGGUCUGUCGAAAUUCGCCCACUUGAUCAACGUGGAGUUCUUCGACAAUCUGAUGAACGAACUGCACGCCCUCCCGGACCGAGUCCGAUUGAGCAACGUCGAAAUUCUUCACUGUCUGCACACGGUAUUCGUCGUCCUGUCCGGACAGGGUUCGGUCCUCAACGUAGACCCGCAGAGGUUCUUUGUUCAAUUGUACAAGCUAUUAAUCACGAUGCACGCCGGCAGUCGCGAGGAAGAUUUGGAAGCGAUGAGGAAAUGCAUCGACGUCGCCGUUCUGAAAAGACACAAGAGCGACCCGGUGCGUCGGAUCUUGGCUUUCGUGAAAAGGAUGUGCACCGUGGGUCUUCACACCUCCGGCCACGCAACGGUAGCUCUUCUGUCGGCGGUGAGAUACCUGAUGACUUCCGUCGGCAAGGCCGACGUGUUAUUGGACGUUGAAGAAGCGGGGGGCAGUGGGGUAUUUCUUCCCGAAUCGGAGGACCCCGAACACAGCAACGCCCACGCCACGUCUCUGUGGGAACUACACUUUCUCUUGCGACACUAUCAUCCCGUGGCUAGACUCUUCGCCCGACAUUUAAUUAACGAAUGUCCUUCGAAGGGCGCCGAUCGUCUGGAUCCGGAAUUGGUGAAAGCCAAAGCUCCGGAAUUGUACGAUCGAUAUCGGUAUUCGGACGGCGAAGAGGUGUGUAAAACGUGGAAAGGUCCAAAAUGUAUAAAAUUAAACGCGGAAUUUUUGAACGGCUGUUACGACGUACUCGAGAUUUGAAUAAAGCUAAGGACUGUUGAAUUAUUUUGUCCGUAUUCUGAUUACAAGAUUUUCUGAAGUACGGUUGCAACAGAAAUCGUUACUUUAUCCAUAUUUCUGGCAUUAAAAGCAGAAUUAGCUUUCCGUUGCGACAAAACAUCGAUUUUUGAAACUUCAAUAAGAGUUUGCUCUGGCUUCGGCCAAUUUCUGGCGAAUUUGACCCAAGUACGACAGACCCCGGCGCCAUUACGAAUGGUUUUCAACGGAAGCGCGAAAAAAAUUAAACAAGAGUCGCACUUUUUUGGGGGGUUGAUGCCAAAGCUUGUGGAAUUUUCUAGACUUCUCUACAUUCGAAAUUGUUCUCAGACAGAUGGCACAUGACGGGGUAUGUAGACGAAGGUUGUCGAGGUGCACGAUCCGAAGUAAAAAGAUAGUUUCGCCAUAUCAACUUUUUAAAAAUGCUAGGUUUUUUAACUAAAUUAGCACGCGUGCGCUUUGUCAUUUUGAUAUAAAGGUCAUCGAAUCUCGACGAAAAUCGCUUUGCAGUUCUUCGAGUAAAAAAAACUCGAAUUUUGUUCUGCAAGAACCCGUCCUCUGCCCAAUCAACGGACGGUGCUCGAAUGUAAUCGCACUUAUCUUCCCGAAUAAAUUGUAUUUUUGUUUCUGACAUAAAUGUACUAUAAAUCUAGAACAUUUUAAAUGAUAGGAACCUUUUCUCCCGUCUUACGUCACCUCCUCUCAGCACACGUUUUCGGCAUUCGGCCCGAUGAUGCCCGUUCAACACGGGCGAAAACAUUUGCACUUUUCAUAAAAGUUUGCUGGUUUAUAGGUUUAGUGUUUUUAAAUGUAUAGAGUGUGGAUAUAGCCCUAAAUUUCGUUUUGUAUUUCUAUAG